AUUCCUUCCCCCCAACCCAUUAAAUCACAGCUGCACCAGUGCAGUGAGGAUGGAGCUGCAACCUUGAGAUGACAUAUCAACAGAAGUGGUCGUAAUUUUGGACAAAAAGACAAGCAAUCAUGAGGGACAGAUUGGAUCAUCUUCAGACCAUUUCAGAGUCUAGUAGCCAGAUAGAGGAGGUGGAAUCAGACUCUUUCAGCAAUGUGGACCUGGAGGAUUUCAGCCAACAGGCAGUCAUUUAUGACAACAGUGAUGAAAUGGACUCUGUGCUUGAUGAGGCUCAAGACACUAGACGUGAGAUUCAGCUCAUCCGCCUGGAGGUGAAGCGUCUCAGGGACCAAAACACACGUAUACUUAGUGAACCGACUCGUACAACUCACAUAAAGAAGGAUGCCAAUGUCAUUGUAGGAGACAUCAAGACCCGUGGACAGGACGUUCUGGCACGUCUACAAAAAAUGGACGCUCAUGCCAAAGAGCUUGAAGAGGAGCAUGGCCUCAACUCAGCUGUGGCAAGAAUCGCCCGAACACAGUACACCACCCUAAGCAACAACUUCCGAGAUGCAUUGACAGAGUACAAUGAUGCUGAGAUGGAUCACAAAGAAUCGUGCAAGCGUCAUAUUCAAAGGCAAAUGGAGAUUGUGGGCCGAGAGGUGACAGGUGACCAGAUUGAGGAGAUGCUGGAGAAUGGUCAGUGGAACAUCUUCACUGAUAACGUCAUGUCCGAAGGGAAAACGGCUCGUUCGGCGCUCAACCAGAUUGAGAGCCGACAUCGUGACCUGCUGGAUUUAGAAAGCCGACUCAAGAGCCUUCAUGAAGUGUUCCUGGAUGUGGCUAUGCUUGUAGAGGAACAAGGACCCAUGACAGACUACAUCUUAAACAAUGUUCAGAAAACAGAUGCUAUGCUUGAAGAAGUCCUUAUCAAACUGGGACAGGCCAAGAGACAUGACAAUAACAACCCAUUCAAGAAAAUGUUCUGUGGAUGCUUUCCAUGCGCUAAAAACUGAGCGAACAGUGAGGAAUUGUGCACUGGAGAGCUGAAAAACAUCAUUUUAAAACUGAGUAGCCAGAGAUAUGUAGAGAAAAGGACCAUAGUUUUCCAAAACAAAGCUCUCUGAGCGAUCACUGAAACUAAUGCUACUGAAGUGAACAAUAACAUAUGAGAGCAAAUUAACAAACCAAAGGAAACUGCCAAAGGAAAGAAAAAUGCCUUUUCAUUUGCAGUUUGAUACUUGUGAACAUAUACUGUAAAUGCUAGAAAUUGUUUAAUAUUGGAAUAAUUUAUCAACAUUAUUUACACUAUUAUAUCUUUCAUCAUUCUAAUGUGGUGAACUGAAUAUACACUUUCUAGACCCUUUUACAUAAAAUAAUCCGGAAUAUGAAGCAUUUGCCAUGUUUUGCCAUAUUUUCAGUGCAAGUUGAUCACUGUUUUUUCAGUCAAAUAGUUUUUCUGAAGCAAUAUCAGCUAAAUAAAAUAUCUUAUACAG